AUGGAGCUACUUACAGGACGAAAAGCCGUAGACAAAAAACGAUCUAAAGAUCCCCAGAUAGCUCUCUGGUUCAUUAACCUCGUCAAAGAAGACUCCUUCGAGAAUGUGAUCGACGAGACCAUCCAGAUCACUGAAGAGAACCGAGGCAGCAUUUCUGAAGUGGCUAAACUAGCCAGUUACUGUUGCGCCAAAACUCCGGAACAGAGACCCGAGAUGAGCUAUGCUGUCACUUUGCUUGCCUCGUUGACCGAACAAUGGAAGCCCAUCGAAGUUGAAGACACGAAAGAUGAGUUUCUUGAAGAGCUUGGAAAGAAGUGGUGGCAUGAGCAGCAGAGGUUGGAGGGACGUAGUGGUCCGAGCAGCCCUACGAGACAGUAAACCCACUCUGUAUUUGGACCUGCGAGACUUGUAAGACUUUAUAUUCUUCUGCUUUCGCUGUAAAUGAAUUUUGUAACAUGUUG